GCAGGUACCAUCAGUAUUGAGGUAUAUUGCUGAGGACGCAGUUGUGCUGGAAUGGGCACGUCUCGAGGAUGCAAGCAUCUUCCUAAAAUUAUUGCGCUCUGUAAUAAAUUGGCCGUCGGUUUCCGCAAAAGAAGAGCCUCAAAGAGGCAAUAUAAGGAUACCCUGA